UGGCCGGGCGGCGUGCCAUUCAGCCGCACCCGACCUUCGGCCGGGGGUCCUCUUCGCUCCGCUUCCCCGGUGGGCGGCUGGGGCCGGGCGGAGCGGGGAUGGUCUCCGGGAGCGGUGCGGAGGCUGUCAGCGGGGCCCAGCUCAUCGCUGAGUCCCUCAAGGCUCAAAAUAUUGAAUACAUGUUUGGCAUUGUUGGUAUUCCAGUCAUGGAAAUUGCAAUUGCAGCUCAAGCAGUUGGAAUCAAAUAUGUAGGAAUGAGAAAUGAACAAGCCGCCUGUUAUGCUGCAUCUGCUGUUGGAUAUUUGACUGGCAGACCUGGAGUAUGUCUUGUAGUGUCCGGUCCAGGAUUUUUACAUGCACUUGGUGGGAUGGCAAAUGCAACCAUAAACUGCUGGCCUUUGAUUGUUAUUGGAGGCUCUUCUGACAGAAAUCAGGAAACCAUGGGAGCAUUCCAAGAAUUCCCACAGGUUGAAGCUGGUAGGCUGUACAACAAACUGUCUGUCCGCCCAAGCAGCCUAGAAGUUAUUCCUGCUGUUAUUGAAAAGGCUGUAAGAACCAGCAUAUAUGGUCGUCCAGGUUCCUGCUAUAUUGACAUACCUGGGGAUUUUGUGAAUCUUCAGGUGAAUAAGAGCUCUGUCAAGUACGUGGAAUGCUGCCUGCCACCUCCCAUUAGCACGGCUGAACACUCUGCUGUAUCUGAAGCAGUGUCUGUCAUCGCUCGUUCCAAGCAGCCUCUGCUAAUCGUUGGCAAAGGUGCUGCUUAUUCACAUGCUGAGAACAACAUCAGAAAGUUGGUGGACCUUUGUGGACUGCCUUUUUUGCCUACACCAAUGGCAAAAGGAGUAGUUCCUGAUAACCAUCCAAAUUGUGUAGCUGCAGCAAGAUCAACGGCAUUACAGCAUGCUGACGUAAUCAUCUUGCUUGGUGCAAGGUUGAAUUGGAUUUUGCAUUUUGGUCUUCCACCAAGGUUUCGGCAAGAUGUAAAGGUUAUUCAGAUCGAUAUUUGUGCAGAAGAGCUGGGGAAUAAUGUGAGGCCAACUGCGAUUUUAUUAGGUGACAUAAGCGCCGUGACUAAGCAGCUCUUAGAAGAAUUCAGCAAAAGACCGUGGAAAUAUCCUUCUAAUUCAGAGUGGUGGAAGAGACUAAGAGAGAAAAUAAGGAACAACGAGAAAAGAUCAAAGGGAUUAGCGUUACAGAAAUCCCUGCCUAUGAAUUAUUACACAGUCUUUCAUCACAUCAGAGAACUGAUACCCAAGGACUGCAUCUUAGUAAGUGAGGGAGCAAACACCAUGGACAUUGGACGAACUAUGCUUCCAAAUUAUUAUCCCCGUCAAAGGCUUGAUGCAGGUACUUUUGGCACAAUGGGAGUCGGACUGGGUUUUGCUAUAGCAGCUGCAAUGGUAGCUAAAGACCGAACGCCCGAAAAGCGAGUCAUCUGCAUAGAGGGAGAUAGCGCUUUCGGAUUUUCUGGGAUGGAGGUGGAGACUAUUUGCAGAUACAAUUUGCCAAUCCUGAUUAUCGUGGUAAACAACAAUGGGAUUUACACAGGUUUGGAUUCAGAUGCCUGGACGGAGAUGUUAAAGUUUGGAGAUCCUACUACAUGCGUACCUCCUGUUUCUCUCCUGCCAAAUUCACACUAUGAGGAAAUUAUGUCUGCCUUUGGAGGUAAAGGAUACUUUGUUAAAACUCCAGAAGAACUGCAAGGUGCUCUGAAAACAAGCUUGACUGACAAGGAAACACCUUGUCUCAUAAAUGUAAUGAUUGAUCCACAGUCGGAGAGAAAGAAACAGGAAUUUCCCUGGCUGACUCGUUCUAACCUGUAGUAGAAGAUGAAGAUAAUGGCAGUGUGUUAAGCAAAACUAAAUUGGCUUCCAGGAGUGCAACUGGUACAACUCUCUUCUAUGUAAGCAUUGGAAUAAAGUGGGAUUUUAGAACUGCUAUUAGAGGAAUCUUUAAAUGCUGAAACCAAGUAAUUGUUAAAUGAACAAGACACAUAUGAAUGUGUAUCAGGCCUUCUAACAGAUCGUACAGAAACACUGAUGACAAAAUUACGUACUACUUCUUUUACUUAGAGUCAUAUCUGUCAAGAUUUAUGAAUUAAAAUCUUGGAUGUUCUGGAUGAAGGGAGUAAGCUUUGAGGAUUUUAUGCUGACAGAAACGUAGAAGUCUUUGGCAGUCUUCAGUUACAGUAACUUCAUUUUUAACCGACCACCAGAAUGCUACUUGUUAGAGACUUUGUCCUAUAAGGACCGAAACAAAGCAUCUUGUUGUGGAAAAGUGCUGAUGGGCCUCACUGUGCGUUGAAGCCUAUUGGGUUGAUAGUCACUUCAUAAUUUUACAGGUUGCUUUUUCAGCUUCUACUGCAGGUAAAAGUAGUGUGUUAAAAAUGCAGGCUUACUCAAGGUCUGAGUUUCUGUCUACUGCAUUUGGUUUUGUUAACUGCCACUUACAGUGCUUGCAGGAAAAAAAAUUGUAGAUUUUUAUUUGAAGCUUUGCUCUUUGCAAAGGCAAUACCAUACCCUUAGGCUGAAGAGAGGACUGGAUUUACUAGUGAGAUUUCCAGGAUUAAUAAAUCAUAAAUCUUCCUAAUCAGAAACAUUUUUUAAAAAUCAGCACAAACAACAACAAAAGAACAAAAAAAAAAGACCAAAACCAAAAAACCGCUCACUGAAACAAACAAAAAAGAGCUGGAGCUUAAUGUUCAGUUUGGCUGGCAUCUCGAAGCAACCACCAGCAUUCAUGUGGCUGGCUAAUUGUGCAACAAAGGUUCUUCAUAUAAUGUAUUUACUGGAUAGAAACUCAGUGCCCAACUUGCAUUGACUAUGAUGCAGAGCGAACAUUUACAGCGGGUAAUUGGCCUGUCUGAGGUUCUGUCUACUGGUUUUUCAUCUGUUGCUGCAUCUGACGAUCUGACUUAAAGCUCAGACUUUGAAAGUGAAGCAGUUCUUUAUGCUCCUGUCAUGGCCUACAGCAAAUACUAUGCAGUACUCUUUACAUCUCUUCUUAUACACACUGGGAAGUUCUUUAUUGUUCCAUAUGUAAAAGGGAAAAUCCUGGCUCUGAUUUGGGUUUUGAUUGCUUUAUUGUCUGUUUUUCCACUGACAUUAAGUUAGUUAACUAGUGAAAGGCACUUGCAUGACCCAAAGAGGAGGAGGACUGGGCUGGCAGGGAAUCCUGGCCUUCAGUUAGGUUUGUUGCAAAAACCUUGGCUUAUUAGUUCUUGCACUUUAGUCCGCAUCUGGUACGAGGCCACGGCUUACUGUUAGGCAGAGGGAUGUCUCUGCACAAUCCUGCAGAAAGAUAGUAUCUGACGUGAGCAAGAGUACUGCAGUCUGACUAGAGGUACCACUACUUGCUAUGUGUGUGGGAGUAGCCACCUGGCACUAUGAAUGCUUGAGUGAAGAAAGGUAGUAUCCUUCGGAGGGCUAAGAAGUGCAAAAAGAUAAAAUCCAUGGAAUGGGUACAACUCGUGAAUGAGUCUACGGCUGCUGAGAAGACAACUUGGUAUGUUCUCUGGGGUACAACAUUGGCUCUUGUAACUGAUACUGUUUCAUUCUUCUUUUUAAGUCUCAAAAAUUGAUUUUAAUAUGUUGCAGUGAUUAAACACAAUCCAUUACGAUGAUGUAAAAUAUCUGUAAGAGUUAAUGCUGGGACUGACCACAGGGGAGACUGUUUGCAUUAGAUAAGCAAAUGCAGAAAUUCUUGGUUUAUAUUCAAAAAAGUAAUAAAAAGUGAUUUUUUUUCA